AUUCAUAUAACCUGUGGUGGAGGCAGUAACGUUGAUUUUCUGUCAUGGCACAGUCAGACGGAUUGCAAGAUAGUCCUGUCGACAGGCAGAAUUUAUCAGAAUUAGAGGAAAAGCAACGGAUUAUUGACAGAGCUCCGUUUCGUAAGCUUAAGAUAGACGAUGCCAGUAUUCUCGAUAGCAUCGAAGGUCGUGAAAUCUGUGGAACAUGUUACAAAUCACGAAAGUUCUUUUGUUACACUUGUUACACGCCGGUUAUCGACCGCAAUUAUAUUCCUCGAGUAAAGUUACCUAUCAAAAUUGACAUAAUCAAACAUGCCAGGGAAAUAGAUGGCAAAAGUACAGCCAUUCAUGCGGCAGUUCUUGCACCUGAUGACGUUAGAAUUUAUACUUACCCAGAAUUUCCUGCAAUAUCUAAAAAUGACAAAGUUGUUUUAAUCUUUCCAAGUAAAACGGCAACGUCGGUGGAAGCUCUGUUCGCGAAAGAAGUUAUAAAUGGAGAUGAAGUUUCAUUCAAAAGAAUAAGCAAUGAAUUACCUGUGGACAGAGCCAUUUUUAUUGAUAGUACCUGGCAUCAGACUAAGGCAAUCUAUAAGGAUACAAGAUUGCGGGAUUUACCAUGCGUAGUGCUUAGAUCACGUAUUUCUCAGUUUUGGAGACACCAAAAGAAAAGUCCACGAUGGUACUUGGCUACCGUCGAGGCGAUUCAUCAGUUCUUAGUUGAAUUACACACGAGUGCUUAUGGUGCAAGUGAGGAUUACACGGUAACCGAGAAAACUGCCAUUGAUUAUUCAUCGAACUCUACGAACGGCGUUCAUUCUGUUUAUUGCGGUCAAUAUGAUAAUCUGUUAUAUUUUUUUAAGUAUAUGUACGAAAAAAUACAUACGAUAUACGACCAUGAAAAAUUGUGGGCGUACAAGAGACCCUUAAUAUAAUGUUGUAUUAGGCGUAAAAUAUUUUUAUUUUCUAAUUUGCCGUACCUGAUGCGUGAUUUUUUGAAGUAUGUAAAUAUUAACUGUGUUGGGAUGAAUAUAAGGUAUAUUUUGAUAUUUAAA